ACAUCCGGGCCCAGGAGCUGGGCGCCUUGAAGACCUCCAGCCUCCUCUUCUCCGUGUCUCUGGUGUCCUUCCAAGUGUCCACGUUUCUGGUGAUGUCACUCUGGUCCCCCUGCAGAGCACGGACUGGGGGAGGGAGUGCUAGGGGUGCGGGAUGAGGGCUCCCCAUAUGGGGUCACGAGGUCACCAUCACACCGAGUGACCAUCACAGACUGACCAUCACCUAGCUUGACCAUCGUUAUCACCAACCCCUGGAAAGGAAGCCCCCACCCAGUGACAUUUAGAGCCACAUGUGCCCCCAGGACCCAGAGCGCUCCGUGGUGGCUGCUACUUGCAGCUUGAGUCAUCUUCCCAGAGUCUAGAGUCAUAAAUCCCACCAUGUCUAGAACCAUGAAAAUGCUAACAAGGUGCAAAAAUGCAUCAUUGUCCAAUGCCUGGAACUAAGAAUUUCUGAUACUAAGAGUGGGGGCCACAUACACACAACUCCCUCCAUCACUAGCAGAAUUUGGGGGACAAGAACCUGGGUGGAAGAGAACCCAUUCCAACAUGGCAGGUGUGGCCACAUGGCCCCUGGAGACCUGCAGGUGGCCUGCCUUCCCUGGCCACAUUUAGCCACUGGUUGUCACCGCUUGUGUCUCACCCAGGUGGCACUGGUUGUAUUCGCUGAUGGUCACCGCCUGUGUCUCACCCAGGUGGCACUGGUUGUAUUUGCCGUCCACACUCUGGUGGCCGAGGAGAACGCCAUGGACGCCGAGAAAGCCUUCGUGACCCUCACAGUUCUCAACAUCCUCAACAAGGCCCAGGCUUUCCCGCCCUUCUCCAUCCACUCCGUCGUCCAGGCCCGGGUGUCCUUUGACCGCCUGGCUGCCUUCCUCUCCCUGGAAGAAGCUGACCCUGGGGCUGUGGACUCGAGUCCCUCCAGAUGCGCUGCUGGGGAGGACUGCAUCCGGAUACAGGAAGGUACCUUCGCCUGGUCCCAGGAGAGCGCUCCCUGCCUGCACAGGAUCAACCUCACAGUGCCCCAGGGCUGCCUGCUCGCUGUUGUCGGUCCCGUGGGGGCAGGAAAGUCCUCCCUGCUGUCUGCCCUCCUUGGGGAGCUGGCCAAGGUGGAGGGGUCCGUGAGCAUCAAGGGUCCGGUGGCUUACGUGCCCCAGGAGGCCUGGGUCCAGAACAUGUCUGUGGUGGACAAUGUGUGCUUCGGGCAGGAGCUGGAUGCACCAUGGCUGGAGACGGUCCUGGAGGCCUGUGCCCUGUGGCCAGAUGUGGAUGGCUUCCCUGCAGGGGUCCACACCCGAACCGGGGAGCAGGGCAUGAAUCUCUCUGGGGGCCAGAAGCAGCGGCUGAGCCUGGCCCGGGCCGUCUACAGGAAGGCUGCUGUGUACCUGUUGGAUGACCCCUUGGCAUCCCUGGAUGCCUGUGUUGGCCAGCAUGUUUUCAACCAGGUCAUUGGGCCUGAUGGGCUGCUCCAGGGGACGACUCGGAUUCUCGUCACCCACGCACUCCACGUCCUGCCCCAGGCUGAUUGGAUCGUGGUACUGGAAGAUGGGGCCAUUGCAGAGAUGGGUUCCUUCCAGGAGCUGCUGCACAGGAAGGGGGCCCUGGUGGGCCUUCUGGAUGGAGCCAGACAGCCAGGAGAUGGAGGAGAAGGAGAAGCAGAACCCCCGGCUGGUGCCAAGGACCCCAGAGGCUCUGCCACAGGUGGGAUGCCUGAGGGCGGAUCAGAGAGGUUCAUGAAGUUGGUCCCUGAGAAGGACAGUGCUGCUUCAGAGGCCCAGACAGGGCUUCCCCUGGAUGAUCCUGAGGGGCCAGGACAGCCGAAAGGAGAGGACCGCAUGCAAUAUGGCAGGGUGAAGGCUGCCAUGUACCUGACCUACCUACGGGCGGUGGGCACCCCGCUCUGCCUCUACGCCCUUUUCCUCUUCCUAUGCCAGCAAGUGGCCUCCUUCUGCCGUGGCUACUGGCUGAGCCUGUGGGCAGACGACCCCACCGUGGACGGGCGGCAGACUCACGCGGCCCUGCGGGGCUGGGUCUUUGGGCUCCUCGGCUGUCUCCAAGGUACCCCUCUCCAUCCUCCAGCGGCACCCAAGAGUUCCUCGGGGCUGCCUCACCUACACACCCGGGCUCACCCUCUCUUUCCUGAACAUCUGGGCAACCAUCCUGGGGGCAAACACAGACCUACAUCCUUAAGCUGGGGCUGGGGAAGACCCUACUUUGACAGAACCCUCAGAGUCUCUCCCAGCCUCAUCAGCAAAGGCAGAAUGUUGGCCCCCAGGUUUGGGGGCAGCUGAGCACUUAGGUGGAGCAGCAGGUCAGCUGGACUCUGCCCCUCCGCCAAGCAGAGGAC